CUAUAGUUUUGAAGUGUGAAAAAACCAGUCGGUUUCCUACAUCGUGAGGGAUAAGAUCGUGCCAAUAUUCGAAACGUUGUUUUUUAGCGAACGAAAAAAGCAAAUAUUGACGAAAUACGAGCACUCAUCUUUGAAUCAUAUCCCUGCCAAGUAUAACUUUUCAUCUCCAGGUAACACAUCUACUAAGUAAAGUAGUUUUCCUACGCUUAACUAAAAACAACUGUGCAACGCAAAGUGAUACGCUUGACGUUAGGUUAAUAUAUAGCAAAAGUGGAUCAACAAGCUGCACAAGAUUCCCAAUACGAUCAUUUUGAUAGCAAUGAAGAAAGCACAAUGCAAAUUAAUACUGCUCAUGAUGGCACACAGCAAUUUUCUAAUAUUACUAACAUAACAGAUAAUGCUUCUUUAAUGCUUUGGAAUAACACAAUUUCGGAUAUGAUUGAACAAAGUGGACGCAUGGAGACUCCUUACAGGGCUCCCCAAAAUACCUUCCGCAUGCCUGGCUUUUUCCAACCCUUGCCAAAAAUUAAAUAUGAAACAACAUUUGAAAUUCUUCUUGUUAAAACUAACUACCCCCCACCACCUCCGCCGCCGAUAAUUGAUAAGAAGGUUCUGGUGCAUACGGAGAGUCUUGAAAGAAAAUCCCGCGAUUUUAUUGAAGGAGUUGGAGUGUUUACCGAUUCACUUGGCUUAGAUAACUCCUUGCGCACUGCUAGACAAAAGAUGCGCUACAUUAAAAACACUGUUCUAAAAUCUACCGAAACUACAAAUUACGCUGAAGACACUGUACAAAAAGCUAAAGCUAGAGAUUUUUUGCACAUUUUUACACCUCCCAUGUCAAAAAAACCUGUUUAUGAAUUAAUCGAUGUUCCUCUAAUAAUUGAACCCGAAGAUUCUUUGGCAGGUGAUUUCAGAGAGCACAGUACUUUAACCUCAAGAGACCCCAGCGUCUGUGCUAUGGACGAAUAUUCAUCUUCGAGAUACUCCAGGCGAUCAACCAGAGAAAGAAAUAUCAGAGAAGCUUCGCAGAGCAGCUACGCCGGGUCGGUAACCCAAACAUCAAGGUUUGCUACAAGCCGCACGGAGGACCGUGCCUCCAUAUUUUCAUCCAAAGAUAAUCGUCUUCAAUCUGGGCACGAAGAUCGAUAUUCUAGAGCAACUUCAAGGGCGAGAAGCGAAAUCCAUGAUGAACAUGCAUCAAGAUCGCUUGCAAAACCUGUAAUCACGAAAAAUCUUAAAAGUGUUCAUGUCAAAUCUGGAGAAAAUGCUGUGUUUGAAAUUCAGUAUGUUGAGAAACCAGGUCUUGUAACUUGGCUAAAGGAUAAUAAGCCAUUAAAUGAUGCGUUAGCAGAUCGUGUUAGCAUCACAGAAAACGAAUUGAACUAUCAUCGAUUAACCAUAAAACACUGUUGUGAAAGUGAUUCCGGAACAUAUACCGCAAAGGCUGUAUCAGGCAUUCAAAGUACAUCAAGCUCAAGUCAACUUAUUAUUGGUGAAGAUAAAGCAGCAGGAGUCAAGGAAAUGGAUCAAGAACCUGUAUUCUUAGUUAGUUUGAAGGACACCGAAAUGCUGGAGUUUUCUUUCUUCAGAUUUCUGGUUAAAGUUCUUGGUGACCCUAAACCUAAAGUUCAUUUCUUCAAGGAUGGAGUAGAAAUAACUGAAACAGAAAGGGUACAAAUUAUUCGUGAUAAAGAUUACCUUGGAUUUUAUGAACUUGUCAUAACUGAGGUGCUUUCAUCUGAUGCAGGAGUGUACUCAUGUGAGGCUGAAAAUAAAUUUGGAAAAACAUCUUGCCAAGCUAAUGUUACAACAAUAGAGGAUAAAAAUGUAUUUGGUUCACUAAGUGGACAAAUUCUUCCUGCGGGUGAGAAAGCAGCAUUUACUUGGAAAAGAAAUGGAGUCGAUUUCGAUCCGGAAGAACGUUUUAAGGUUCUCUUCGGUGAAGAUGAAGAUUCAUUAGCACUAGUUUUUCAACAUGUUAAACCAGAAGAUGCUGGAAUUUAUACUUGUGUUGCACAAACUAGCACUGGAAAUAUAUCAUGCAGUGCUGAAUUAUCCGUUCAAGGAGCAAUUCAAACUCUUAACCGUGAACCAGAACAACCAACUCUUAUAAUUGAACAUAGAGAAGCAAAUGUUGCUGUUGGAGGAACAGCAAUUUUAGAAUUGCAAUGCAAAGGUUUCCCAAAACCAGCUGUUCAAAUGACACAUGAUGGUGAAAUAAUUGCAGCUGAUACUCGUCACCGGAUAUUAUUUGAAGAUGAAGAAAGUAUGUCAUUGCUUAUUAAAAAUGCAAAUACUGAAGAUGCUGGUGAAUAUAUCAUCAGUGCCAAAAACGAACUUGGAGAAGCUUCGAGUCAAAUUAAUUUGGUUGUGCAAGCUCCCCCUAAAAUCAAAAAACCGUCCAACAUCACCUGCUUUGCUGGUGAUACAGUCGAAAUGGAAGUUGAAGUCGAAGGAUGUCCUAAACCAGAUGUGAAAAUCUACAACAAUGGAAAGGAUAUAACAAGUGAAAGUUAUGUAAAAAUAACUUCUACGAGCAUUGGCAAAAGCAAAGAGAAAAUAAAAAUAACAAUCUCUAAGAUAAGUCUUACAAAUUCUGGCUCAUUCUCAAUAACAGCCACCAAUGAAUUAAAUCAAACAUCCGAAUUCUGGGAAUGUGAGGUACGUAGUGGACCGGUAAUAGUUAAACAUCUCGAAACAGAAUACGUUUAUGGAGAGCAUGAAGAUGUUAUAAUGUCAGUUAGAAUAGAUGCUUAUCCCGCACCUACAGUUAAAUGGUAUCAAGAUAAGACUGAACUAUCCACUAAAGACAAAAGAUACACAAUGUCUGUGGAUACAAACUGUUAUACUUUAAAGAUUCAUGAUGCUACAAGAAUCGAUGCUGAAAAAUAUUCCAUGGAAGCCAAAAAUGAACAUGGAUCUGUGAAGGAUGAAACAAACUUGCGAAUUAAGUGUCCUCCAGUGUUUAGAAAAAAACUUCAAAACAUUAUUGUCAAAGAAGGGGAUACGAAUGUGGAGCUUAAUAUAAAUGUUGAUUGUUAUCCUAGACCAGGAAUUAGGUGGUUUAUUGAUGGAAUUGAAAUUGAUGAAAAACGCAAGGAAUUCAGACGUGUCGAAGAGGGUGAUGAUUUCAAGUUGAUAAUAAAAGAAGCUACUGUUGCAUUGCAAGCCUGUUAUACAUGCAAACUUCAAAACGCUUAUGGAGACUUGGAAAACGAAUGCCAAGUUGAAGUUCACUGUGUGCCAAAAAUAAAGAAAUUCACAAAAGACUGUGAAAUUCUUGAGGGAGAAACCUUAAAAUUAGAGGCAGAGAUAUACAGUUUGCCAGAAGCUGAAGUGACUUGGUAUAAGGAUGGUCAAGAAGUAUCUGCGGACGCACGAAUCAAAAUUAGCCGAGAUUCUAAAAGAAUUGAAUCGUAUUACAUGACAUUAAAUUUGUGUAAGGUAUCUGAUGCUGGUAUUUAUCAAGUUAGGGCAAUGAAUAAGGAAGGUUACAGUACAUCGAAGGCAGAAGUAGCUGUUUUAAGUAAGUUUCCUGUCCUUUGUGGAGUUUUGUAUGAAUUGAAUACAAUUUUCAAUGUUUCUAUUUUUAUCAUUUUAGCUAAGCCUGAACUUUUGCAUGGUGAUUUGUUUGACUCGAACUCAUAUGAAUCCGUUCCACUUAAGUAUGAAGUUAUUGCUCGUGGUAUUCCUAAACCAGAAGUGGAGUGGUUACACAAUGGAAAACCAAUGAAGGCGAAUGAUAGAAUUAUUAUUUCAAAUGAAGGGGAAAAAUAUAAGUUGGAAAUCAAGGAACUGAAACUCGGAGAUGAAGGCGAAUACAAAGCUGUAAUUAAAAACAAAGUUGGAGAGCAAUCUCAAAAAUGUGUACUUUCGCUACAAGGUGUUGCGGAAUAUAGGAAACCAAUAUUGGAAAGAGGAUUGCAUGAUAUAUCAGAACAAAAGGGUAACAAACACACAUUGUCAGUUGUUGUUACUGCCGACCCUGAACCAAAGGUAACAUGGUUGAAGGAUGGAAAUGUUGUCCAACCAGAUGCAAACAUUCAAAUUAAUGUUAUUAAAAAAGACUUGGAACAUGGUCUUAAAGAAUUUACUUACCAGCUGACAUUUGCAGAAACUCAACAUUUCGAUACUGGACGAUAUGAAAUUCGUAUUGAAAAUAAAUACGGUUCACUUGCGUCAAGUUGCUGGCUAGAUAUUCUAUCCAAACCAGAAAUUGUUGGUUUGAAGGACCAGUUUUGCAUUCCAUCCGAAGCUGUUGUUUAUGAUGUUCUUGUUUAUGCUAAUCCCAAACCAAAGGUUACUUGGUCAAGGCAUAAUGAAAACUUAUGCAAUAACGAAAACUUCGAGGUUAUUGCUGAUGUUGAAGCUGAAAAAUACAGAUUGGUCAUACAUUCUGUUGCUCCAUCAGAUGCAGGCGAAUAUACAAUAACUGCUACCAAUAAUUGUGGUACAACGAAACAAGAUUUCAAAUUGAACAUUCAUGUUGAGAAACCUGCAUUUGUAAUUGCUCCUGAGGACCAAAAAAUAUGCGAUCAUCAUCCAAUGAAGACUGAGGUCCAGGUUCAUGGAAUACCUCAACCAACAUUAGAAUGGUUCAAGGAUGGAAAACCAAUUGAUUACAAGGCAAAGAACGACAAGAAACGCAACACAUACGUUGCAGAGUUCAAGGAAAUCGAUGAAGAUCAAAUUUACAGUUCACUAUCUAUUGAAGACUUUAGGCCAACAAACGAAGGAAUGUAUUCUGCUGUUGCAAAGAAUGACGUUGGAACAACUGAAUUUAAAUUUGAGUUGCAAUUGGUUCAAACUAAACCUUCUUUCACAACACCUUUGAGCAAAUCUGUUGAAGUGUCACAAGGACAAUUACUUGCUUUAGAAACCGUUAUAUCAGGAAGUCCUGCACCAGAGGUAAAAUGGUAUAAGGAUGGAGUCGAAAUAUUCCCAGACCAAGGUAUAAAAAUUGAAACCACUCCUGACGGUCGUAUUCGAUUGGAGAUUGAAAAAGCUAAACCUAGCGAUUCUGGUUCAUACAAAUUAGUUAUUAGCAAUCCAAAUGGAGACCUUUCAACAUUGUGUGCUGUUGCUAUUAAACCCGAACCCAUGGCACCAAUAUUUGUUGAGCCUUUUGAUGACGUCAAGGCUGUGGAGGGAUCUCCAGCAACACUUGAAGCCAAAGUUCUUGGAUUUCCAUCACCACAAGUGUUGUGGUUCAAAGAUGGAACACCUCUUCACCCAACACAAUCGCUUAAUUUCGUCAAUAAGCCUAAUGGUAUAAUUGGUUUAUGCAUCGAUCCAAUUAAACCUCAAGACGCUGGAUGUUAUAAGAUAGUUAUAGCCAAUAGCGAAGGAGAAAUCGAAAAGAAGGUUAACGUUGAAGUUGUACCACAAUCAGCCAAACCAUCGUUUGUAGCUGACUUACAAGACAUUCAAAGUGUUGAAGGUUACCCCGUCAAGAUGAAUGUUAAGGUAGUUGGUUUCCCACCACCAGCUCUUAAAUGGUAUCACAAUGGUGAAGAGAUCGGAGCAAAGGAUAAACGCUUUGCAAUUGUUGAAAAUCCAGACAAGAGCAUCAGUUUAAUUAUCGAAAAAGCUACACCAAACGACUCAGGAUUAUUUGAAGUUGCAGCUGUUAACGAUAAGGGUAAAAUAUCAUCCAAAGGAAAACUUUGUAUUGUACCAAAAGCAGAUGAAUCGACUUUCGAGCAUCCACCACAAUUUGCUUCAUCUCUUCGUGAUGUUAACGCUGAUGAAGGACAAGAAUUGUCUAUAUCGGCUCCAUUUAUUGGAAAUCCAGUGCCAGAGACUAUUUGGUCCAAAGACAACAUUCCUCUGUCUCCAAAUGAGCGAACUCUAAUGACUUGUGAUGGAAAGUCUGUAGCUUUGUCUAUAAAUCCAGCUUUGCCAUCAGAUUCUGGAGUCUACAGUUGUUUGUUGGCAAAUCCUUUAGGCGAGGAUGUUUCAGAGUGUAUUGCCAAUGUCAGGAAAAUAUAUAAAAAACCAACAUUUACACAGAAACUUAUUAAUCUUCAACAAGCUGUUGGUAAGGAUGCUAAACUAGCAGUUACUGUUUCCGGUGUUCCAUAUCCAGAGUUGUUUUGGUAUUACCAGGAUAAACCAUUGCAAGAUAGCAAUAAAUAUGACGUUAAGAAUGAUGGAGAUCAUCACAUACUACAUGUUAAAAAUCUUACACAUGAUGACGCUGGUGCCUUCAAAUGUAUUGCAAGAAAUCGAGAGGGAGAAGACAUUACCACCUGCCAUUUGGAUGUUGUUCCUGAAAUGACCAAACAUUCCCGAUCAGAAGCACCAUCAUUUUUGAAAAAGAUUGGAGACACCGAAGUUUCACAUGGAAUGUCAGCUAAAUUUACAGCUUGUGCCACAGGAUUCCCAGAACCAGAAGCCGAAUGGUUCAAAAAUGGACAGAAACUUUUCCCAACCGAUAAAAUAUCGAUGGAUUAUGAACCGAAUGGAAUAAUACGCCUUAAUAUUAAGGAUGUCGAUGACACAGAUGUUGGACGUUAUUCAUGCCGAGUGUUUAAUCCUCUCGGAGACGACACGUGCAAUGGAGAACUUUUCUAUGAUGCAUCCUUGGAUCCACAUCCACAUGCAUCGAUUGCUGAUCAAUAUGUUGGUUUUGACAAAUUCAAGCGAUCAGGAGUUCCAGCUCCACUAUCCGAGCGACCAUACAUUGCUAAGAUGACUGAAAGGCGUCUUAACUUAGCAUGGAGACCAUCGUUGCCUCUUGCACCAAGAUAUCCCGUCACUUACCAAGUUGAAGUCAUGGAUAUGCCAGAAGGAGAUUGGCGUACUAUCAAAACGGGUAUUCGUGGUUGUGCUCUAGAUAUAAGAGAUCUAGAUCCACAAAGAGAUUAUAGACUAAGAGUUCGAGUAGAAAAUCAAUUUGGUGUUAGUGAUCCAAGUCCAUAUUUGCAAACUUAUAGGAAAAAACUUGUUCCUGAAGCUCCGAAGAUUUAUCCUUAUCUACCACCGGGAAUUGAUUUCAGGCCAGAUAUUUCACCAUACUUUCCAAAAGAUUUUGAUAUUGAACGACCUGCACAUGAUAAACUUGCACAUGCACCACAAUUCCUCCGAAGAGAAGCAGAUGUUACAUAUGGUGUUAAAGGUCAUGACACAAAUUUGAUGUGGUUCGUAUAUGGAUACCCUAAGCCUAAGAUGUCUUAUUACUUUAAUGAUGUUCUCAUUGAGUCUGGUGGAAGAUUCGACUACAGCUAUACCCGAAACGGCCAAGCAACAUUGUUUAUAAACAGAAUGCUUGAUCGUGAUGUUGGAAUCUAUGAAGCAGUUGCCACCAACGAACAUGGAGAAGCUCGCCAAAGAGUGAGAUUAGAAAUUGCCGAGCAUCCACGCUUCAAGAAACGACCAGAUGAACUGUUUAUUAUGUCAAGAAAGAAUGGAAGAAUCGAAGCACAUGUUGUGGGAGUACCUUAUCCAGAAAUAAAGUGGUUUAAGGACUGGCAACCAAUAACUGAUACCAGCAGAAUUAAGAUUAAUUUCUACGAACCUGAUAUUUGCGUUCUUUCAAUCCAAGAUGCUAUUCGCAAGGACGAAGGCUUAUAUUCGAUUAGUGCAAGAAACGUUGCCGGAUCCAUAAGUACCUCCGUAAUGGUACAUAUUGAAGAAGAUGAAGAUCUUUACAUUUAUAAGACCUAUGGAAGACAUCCAUACGUAAGAUCCAAGCCAAUAGCUUUUACGGAUAAAUAUGAUAUUGGAGAUGAACUUGGUCGUGGUACUCAAGGCAUAACAUAUCAUGCUGUUGAACGUGCAACAGGUGAAAGUUAUGCUGCCAAGAUUAUGCAUGGAAGAUCAGAACUUCGUCCAUUCAUGCUCAAUGAAAUUGACAUCAUGAACAUGCUGAACCACAAGAAAUUGAUAAGACUUCAUGAUGCUUAUGAAAUGGAUCAUGGUUACAAUCUUAUCAUAGAGCUAGCUUCUGGUGGUGAAUUGGUAAAGGAUAAUUUGCUUAAGAGAAAUUACUACACAGAGAGGGACAUAUGCAGUUAUAUGCAUCAACUUUUGCUUGGACUGGAAUAUAUGCAUGAUAUUGGUGUUGGUCACAUGGGAUUAACGCUUAAAGAUUUAUUGAUUUGGGUUCCUGGAGGUGAUAACCUUAAGAUCUGUGAUUUCGGUCUUGCACGAAAAAUUCAUCUAAGUCGCUUGGCAACUUUGGACUUUGGAAUGCCUGAAUAUGUUUCUCCAGAAGUUGUAAAUCGAGAAGGAGUUAGCUUUUCGCACGAUAUGUGGUCUGUUGGUAUAAUAACUUAUGUCCUGUUAUCUGGUUUUAAUCCAUUCAGAGGAGCAACUGAUAGAGAAACAUUGACAAAAAUACGCGAAGGUUAUUGGGAUUUCAAUGAAACUUUAUGGAAGGACAUAAGUUUCGAAGCUAGAGAUUUUAUUAAGAAAUUGCUAGUUUACAAUCCUACCGAACGAUUGGACGUUAAAACAGCAUUAAGACAUCCAUGGUUCUUUAUGCUCGAUCGUAAAGAUUAUGAUGGCUAUAAGAUAAGCUCCGAUCGUCUCAGAAACUAUUACAGAGGUUACUCGGAUUGGUAUGCCAAUGCUUCUUGCAACAACUACUACCGUCGAAGAUUCUUACACGAUGCCUUUACUCAUCCAUCGGAAAUGGUUUACCCACCUGGUUUCAAGUACACUCCAGACGGUUCACCAGAACGCACUCCUGAACCGAAAAAAAGAUCUGCACCAUGGAAAGACACAGGAUCGAAAUAUUUACAUCCUGAUUAUGAGCUUGGUUUGAUAGAGUCCGAGAGUCGCUAUCAAUAUGGUCCAGAUACUUAUCUGCUGCAGUUGAGAGAUGUCAGCUUCCCGGUGAGAUUGCGUGAGUAUAUGAAAGUUGCUCACCGAAGAUCGCCUACGUAUGCCAUGACUGAGAACUUGGAUUGGAGUUUACCUGUCAUAAGAGAAAGAAGGCGCUUCACAGACAUAAUGGACGAAGAAAUCGAUGAUGAACGUAAAAGCCGAAUUGGUUCUUAUACCGUUAAUGAAUCUUACUCCAUUCGACGUUUAAGAACUGAACUUGGACCUAGACUUGAUCAAUAUGCUGAAGCAGAUGCCCUUAUUGAAAGUCAAAGAGAAGGCAAUCCACCAUUCUUUAGGGAGAAACCCCAAACUCUUGCCGUAACCGACAGUAAACCUGCAUAUCUUCAUUGCUUUGCUGUAGGUGAUCCAAAACCGUCCAUACAAUGGUUCAAAAACGAUAUGGUUAUAACAGAAAACAAACGUAUAAAAAUAGUUUCUGACGAAGACGGCCGUUCAAUUCUGAAAUUCGAACCCGCAAGCCUCUAUGAUGUUGGAAUUUAUAAGGCUGUUGCAAGAAAUAGGGUUGGUCAAACCACUGCUCGUUGUCGUGUGGUUAUGGCAAGCUUACCAAACCCACCAGACUCUCCAGAAGUGUCAUCAGUAAGUUCUACAGAAGUUCUUCUUCGUUGGAAACAACCACGUUCCGAUGGAAACUCUGCUGUUCUUUGUUACAGUCUACAAUACAAGCACGGUGCAAGUGAACAAUGGACAACUGUAGCUGACAACAUUGAUCACGAAUUUUAUCUAGUUCAUGGCCUGCAGCCCCAUGAAAAUUAUCAUUUCAGACUUGCUUCCAGAAACCAAAUUGGAUGGAGUGAAAUGGGAAUACCUACACACGUAAGAACAUCGGGAGAUGAGGCUCCCAAAAUAACUAUAACCAAAGCUAUGAAGCAUCUGCAACAACUUACAGAAAGUGGCCAUGAAAUUGUUUCCGAAGAAAGAAAAGUCCACGUAGACUAUCAACUGGAACGUGAAUCCCUCAGUUGGAUAACCGACUCUGACAUAAGUGAUAAAUACAGCUUUAUUUCCGAAAUUCAUCGAGGUAAAUUCAGUACUGUUGUUAAGGGAAUUCAAAAAUCGACAAAUGCCAUGAUUGUGGGUAAGAUCUUCGAAGUCGAUAAAAACAACGAAAAUGCUAUUCAAAACGAGUUCGAACAUUUGAGAACUCUUCGUCAUGAACGGAUAGCUUCUCUAUUUGCUGCAUACAGCCCUCCAAAUCUACCAAUUAAAAUAUUUAUUAUGGAGAAACUUCAGGGUGCUGAUAUUCUAAAUUAUUUCAGCAGUAGACACGAAUACACAGAGCAAAUGGUUGCAACUGUUAUAACACAGCUUUUAGAUGCAUUACAAUACCUUCACUGGAGAGGUUUUUGCCACCUUGACAUUCAACCCGACAAUAUUGUCAUGGCAACUGUGCGUUCAGUGCAGAUUAAGCUCGUAGAUUUCGGAUCAUCAAGGAAAAUCUCAAAACUAGGUGGUACUGUUCCUGUUUGUGGACUUCUCGACUAUCAAUCUCCAGAAAUGAUAAAUGAAGAAUUUGUAAUGCCUCAAAGCGAUAUUUGGUCGGUGGGAGUUUUAACUUACAUCCUUUUAUCUGGGUCGAGUCCGUUUAGAGGAAAUGACGAUACUGAAACCCGGCAGAAUAUUACAUUUGUUCGUUAUCGUUUUGAAAAUUUGUAUAGUGAAGUUACCCCAGAAGCGACACGGUUCAUUAUGUUCUUGUUUAAGCGAAACCCAAGCAAACGUCCUUACUCUGAGGAAUGUCUUGAACACAGGUGGUUGGCUGCAUCGGAAUACAUGAACAAGAAGCGUGAGAGAUCUGUAUUCCUUGGAAAUAGACUAAAGGAAUUCUCUGAUGCCUACCACGCUGAAAAAGAUGCAGAGGCAUCUUCUUCGGAAAACCUGGCUGCAUUGGGUAGUGGACCCACACCAAGACAACUUUUAAGAUCUAAUAGUAUCCAAGAUGAGUUGAUGACAACCUUUUAAAACAGACUUAUUUUCGUGCGUUUAAUGAAAAAGCUGUUUUGAUGUGCAAAUCAAACAAUGUAACGAAAAACUGUGAAAACAAAAAUAUUAAUGAUUUUAUUUUAACUUUUAAUAAUUAUAAUUGGCUCAUAAUUCUUUUUUUUUUUCUGAAAAUUAAAAUACAAAUGUUAAACUAUUUAA